CUUAUUUCCACUGCAGACACAGCAAAUUCUCACAUCAGUGGUUUCCCUAGGAACCCUCCGAUAUUCAAAGUCUGCUUCAGCUGAGUUGUGAAAAAGGGAGUAGAUCAGCUCAAGCAAACUAUUCUUCUUGACACUUUCCUCGUGGAGGAGACAGACUGAAGGCAGAUUGACAUGAAAGCGAGGCAGCAGUGACAACUCUCACGUUUAGUUCACUCGGUUUCCUUACAAACUUGAAACUCAGUGGUCAUGGUCUCUCACAGAUCCACCAAGGGAGCAUCCAAAGCCCGACGGGACCACAUCAACCAUGAAAUCAGGAAUAUGCGAGCUCUGUUGCCCAUCACUGAGUCGGACCGAGAGCGUCUCUCCUACCUGCACUCCAUGGCAGCCAUCUGCACCUACAUCAGGAAGUCUAUUCUUCUGCAGGGAAUUUCAGCUGGGGAGAGACCACACUGUUCUCUGCCAUACCAGGCCUUUCUUCAAGCUCUGCAUGGUUUCAUCUUGGUCACCACUACCCAGGGGAGGCUGGUCUAUGUGUCUGAAAAUGUAGCUGAAUAUCUUGGUCUGUCCAUGAUCGAUGUUCUUCAAGGAGAUUCUUUCUAUGAUGUGGUGGAACACUCUGACAUCGAUACUGUGAAAUCAAACCUGGCCAUCGAAAACAACUCAUCCUCAGAGAGGAGCUUUAUAUGUUGUAUGCAAACCUCCAAGGCCUUCAAGCUGCAACACGGCAGCUGUUGCUCGAUGCUGGUGAGAGGCAGAGUCCAGUUCUUCCCUGAGCCUUGUCCGUCCUCCCCAGCAGCGUCUCUCACCCCACAGCCACUCUUUGUGGCGCUGUGCACCCCCACAGUGAACCGCCUCAGGAGCUGUGACUCCCACUUCUGCCACAGCUUCACCAGCAUCCACAGACUUGAUAUGACCUUCACUCAGCUGUCAGACAGCGUUUCGUACUAUCUGGGGUAUUCGGCGUCUGAAAUGACGGGUCGAUCGUGGUACGGCCUCAUUCACCCUGAUGACCUUUCAUCGAGUGCAGAUUCUCACAGAAGUUUAAUGGACACAGAUGAAGAUUUCCAGGUACAGAUGGUGCUGAGACUCCAGUGUGAGGAUCUGUCAUGGACUUGGCUUUACAUCCAAGCUAACAAGGACCUGCAGGGCAUUAGCUGCAUGAACUACAUCAUCAGUGAAACAGAGGCCAGAUUUCUGCAGAAGCAAGUUGGCAGUGACGCCUUCAGGCCAUCGUCCCUGGCAGACACCUGUAAUGCUGCAGGUCAACAGGACCCCCAAACUCAGACCUACAAUAACAACAAAUGUUUUAAAAGGCAAAGGACGCCAGAGAGCCCGAGCGAGGAGCCAGGUCCCAGAAGGAGGAGGGAGUCAGAGUAUGAAUCGUGUAUCUACUCCCAAGACGAGCACUCACCUGUUCCUUCAGGUGAAAGCCCUGCUCUCUUCACUCUUCCUUACAGCCCGGACUCCUCCAGCUCCCCUCUGCAGCAGGAGGAGCUCAGCCAUGACCUCCUGAGGGAUAUGCAUGAAUUCAAAGAUCAGCUGCUCUCCUCCCCUGAGGCCUCACCUUCCUACUACUCCUACACAGACGCCGUGUUUACCUAUCCCCAAACAAACCCCAUCUCCCCCUCUGCAGCUCCUGAGCACACGUUUGACCAGGGAUCCUUUAAUGCUCACAGUUCCCACUCUCCAUUCGCCUCAACGUCCCCUACCUAUGGUUUCCAGCCUUGCACAUCUGAUACUCAAUUAGUUCCAGACUGCCUGUCUGCAUCCAGCAUGUGUGAGACCGCGGUGGACCGUGCACUGCAUCAAGAUGAUUUCAGCCUCCUAGAGCAGCCAGAGGGGGGCAGCCUCGGCCAAGAGCAUCACGUGCCCCAACAUCUGCCGCCUCUACUUUCCGGUCUUCUUACCCCCAACCAGUCUCCGCCAUCCACAGAGUCUAAUCACUACAAUGAGAUGGAGCAGGCAGAGAUCAGUAUUCUGGCAGCACAGAUCUCCUCCCUGACGAGGAGCUUUGACAUGUAUCACAACCAGAACGACUGGCCUCAUCAGUCUCCUCUGAAUGCUGACCCGUCUCCUCAGUGUGAGCUGGUCCUUGAUGACUGUGUGUUUGACAGCAUCCUAAAAGACCUGGACAUGGUGGCGAGGAAAAGCGCGGUGGUGUCGUGCAGCUUGUGUCAGCAGACUUCAGCGUGUAGAUGUGGGCUCCACCAUUUGGAGCAGGAGCUCCUUCACGCGGCCAACGCAGAGCACGCGCUGUCCACAGAGCAGCUCGCUGACAUGGAUCCCUUCAGUUUGCAGAUGGGACACCGUGACCAAAACACUGGGUUGCAUCAACUCAACCACUACAUGCAGAGCAACCUUCAGCUAGAUGGACUUGCUAAAGAAAACCUGUGCUGAAAUAAGUCUGUGACUUACUGUUCAACCAGAUGUAUGACAUAUUGUCAGAACGAUGUUCCUUCGCCGGACUCAAAGAAGAACAUUUCAAAAGACGUCUUUGUUUCCCCCAAAGUACUUGUUUUUGAAUGCAGGAAAGAAAACAAGUAGAUUGUGUUCUCUAGAAGGCUUUAGCUUUGCCUUUGUUCCUCUACACUGCUGUCAACGAUGCUUAAUGUCUUACUGAAAAGGGUACUUUUUCUGACAUGCUUAAAUGAAGGUGUAUAUUCUUUUCUAAUACGAAAACCACAGAAACCACAGUUUACCAUUGAGCACUUUAUCAUGAUUUGCCACUAGAACUCUAUAAACGAGACGUGCUGUUUGAAGCAAUAUUGCAUAGAUUUCAAAGCGAGUGGAUGAGCUCCAACACUUGGAAGAGUUCUUAUAACAAAGUACUUGUUAAAGGUGCCUUAAAAACAAAUGUUCCUUUUUGUAAAUCAGCUCAUGUUUUUCUAGGUGAUCUCAGUCCUUAAGAGCUGUUAUGAAUAAUAAUAAUAAAAGAAAAUAACACCAGCCAGCCAGCGAGCUAUGAGAUAAUAUUGAGUGUGUGUUCAACUACCUCCUCCACUACAGUGGUACAAUGAAGUACAUUCCAUAUCUGGAUUUCAGGAAUUAAUUGUAUUCAUUGAAAUAAAAUGAAACUUACUUCUUUCCUGAUAUUAGA